CAGCCUCGCACUCAUGUUGUCUCUGGAAGUUUGCUCAGAAGCAUUUCGCUGGACGUUUCGCUGGAUAUUUACAAUGAGCGGAAGAAGUACGUGAGGACUACUUCACUGCUACUGCUGCUACUUCAGCUGCUAGUACUGCAGUUUGUACCGGGGAGCUUGCAUUUGGAAGUACUUUGGAUAUGUGUACUUGGAUAUUCAAAUCAGAGGUUGACAAUUGAACUCUGACUGAUACUGGUGAAGGAAGAUACAAUGCCUACCGACGACUACACCUACCUCCCCGAUGUGCUGCCGCCUCUGCCUGAAGUGCCGGACUCCGUGUCGGACCUGAGCUCACGGUGCCUGCGUAGCCCCUCCUACCGCCAGGCCCCCUCCCGCUACAGUUCCUCCCACAGCAUGGACUCCGCCCUGGACGCUACCGACCGGCCCGUCAGCUACACCUCCACCUCGUCUUCAGCGUCGUCCCGGGACAGCCACUGCUCGCUGGGCAGCCGCUCCACACUAGUCUCCGCCCCGAUGUCGGACAGAGAUUCUGGGGCGAUAAGGUUGGAGCUGGUUCCGACCAAACAGCUGGAGGACGAGAGCGAUGUGGAGUCCAAAACGGGGCAAAGGAGACAGAGUAACCCACAGACGACAACUGCGACAGAGAUGAAGGAGGUGUCCACGAACGGGACAGGGGGACAGGGACAGAGGACGUACGUGGACAGGGUGGUGCAGGAGAUUCUGGACACGGAGAGGACGUAUGUGCGGGACCUGCAGAGUAUUGUAGAGGAUUACCUAGAGAGCCUCAGCGAGCAGUCUGUGUCCGCUCUGAGCCCCGAGGACAAAGGAUCACUGUUUGGGAACAUCCAGGACAUCUACCACUUCAACAGAAAUCUUCUCGAGGAGCUGGAGAGGUGUGACGCGGACCCUGUGGCGAUCGCAGAGUGUUUCGUGUCUAAGAGCGAAGACUUCCACAUCUACACCCAGUACUGCACCAACUACCCUCGGUCGGUGGCUGUUCUCACUGAGUGCAUGAGGAACAAAGCCCUGGCCAAGCUGUUCCGGGAGCGUCAAGAGCGUCUGCAACACUCCCUGCCCCUGGGCUCCUACCUGCUCAAGCCAGUGCAGCGCAUCCUCAAGUACCACCUGCUCCUGCACGAGAUCGCCAACCACCUGGAGAAGGACACAGAGACUCUGGAGGUGGUCCAGGAGGCCAUUGACACCAUGCAGAGGGUGGCCUGGCACAUCAACGACAUGAAGAGGAAGCACGAGCACGCCGUCAGGCUGCAGGAGAUCCAGAGUUUGCUGACCAAUUGGAAAGGGCCCGACCUGAUUGGCUACGGGGAGCUGGUCCUGGAGGGAACGUUCCGACUGCAGCGCGCCAAAAACGAACGCACCCUCUUCCUGUUCGACAAACUGCUGCUCAUCACCAAGAAGCGCGAGGAGACCUACACCUACAAGGCCCACAUUCUGUGCUGUAAUCUGAUGCUGGUGGAGGUCAUUCCUAAAGAGCCUCUGAGUUUCAGCGUGUUUCACUAUAAGAACCCAAAACUCCAACACACAGUCCAGGCUAAAUCUCAACAGGACAAGCGCAUGUGGAUUCUGCAUCUCAAGCGGCUCAUUCUGGAAAACCACCCGGCCAAGAUCCCAGCCAAGGCCAAGCAAGCUAUUCUGGAAAUGGAUGCAGUGCACCACCCAGGAUUCCACUACAGUCCUGAUGGAGACAAGAAAGACUCUCCCCAAACUAAGGAAGGUCCAACUCCACGGAGAGGACGCAGGAAAGAGCCCCUGUCCAAACUACUGAAGAACGCCAAACAGAACGCUGCCAACUCUGAUGGAGAAAAGCGGAGCAGUCUAGGGGCCACCCUGCUGUCCCCCGUGUCCCAGCUGGCUCUGGGCACCAUCGGCCGGAGCCGCAGCCUCAUCAACCAAUCACAGGAGUCCUUAGACCCAUGUGACCACUAUUACCAUAGCGACCGCGAGGAAGGGGAGGAGCCCCACCAGCAGGAUGCUGAUGACGAGGACGACAGCGGCAUCGGAGGCAGUAAGAAGCUGAGGGUCCCCGGUAAAGGCAGCAGGAAGAGGCUGAACCCUCAGGGCUCCGUGGACAACAUUGAUCAGUGGAAGGCUUUCAACAUGAGCCCCUCUGACCUACAGAGAGCCAGAGAGUCCCUGACUCGGGACAGCAGCCGGCACCCUCCACUGCGUCGGUCAUCACGGGUCACUGAGACGCCCCCUGAUUCGCCCAUCCCCACUGUGAUCGUCACGCAGACCGACCCAUCAGUGAACAGCAUCUGGGCGGACCACAGGGCUCGGCGCGCCAUGUUUCCCACCCGCCAGCGCACCAUGCAACCCGACGAGGACGAAGACAUCUACCAAAUGUUCGUCCCGUCCGAAGCCAGCCGUGCCGAACCGGAACCACAAACUCAGUCUCCCAGUAGAACGGCCCGACCUGUCAGCUGGCACGUGGAGCAAGUCCCGACGGUGCAAGUGGACCCCCCGCCCUCCAAUGGGGGUAGGGUCCUACGCAGGGCGAGCAGCGUGGGGGAGAAGGCUACGGAAGCGAAGCAAAGUCCGGAAAGUGACCAAUCUAGCAACCUUGAAGUCAUCCACACAGAGUCCUCCAGCAACGACCUGUCUGCUUCCUCCUCAGCUGAACAACUAACUCUGGACGAUAUUGAAAACGUGUACGACAACAUCAGCUACCAAGAUCUCAAAAAUAUGGGACUGGUGAGGAGAGAUCUUGAGGAAAAAGACGUCAAAGAGGAACACGGAGAGAGCCCUGUGCCCACGAUCGAACCGGACACAUCAUCGGAAAGUAAUAGGUCCUCAACGCAUGAAGUAAAACCUUUUGAGAUGAACGUCGAGGAGGAAAACAUCUACGAUACGAUAUGUUUUAGAGAACCACCAACGAAAGACUCAAAAGUUGACCUUGACCAAGAGCGGGACAGUUUGUUGGCGUCAGAGCAGGACUUGAUGGAAAGUCUAAAAGGCUUUGUGUCCGAAGAAAGUUUGCAGUUCGAAGAUGAGGCGAACAACAAUGUCAAUCCGUGCUCUUCCGAAGUAGAUCUAUCUUCUUCGAGUGCUUCUGAAACUUUCUCAAGACAGAAGGGGGAUAAAAUGUCGGAGCGGGUGGAUGAGAUUUGGAACGACUUGGAAAACUACAUCAAGAUCAACGAGAAGAAAGCCGAUCGUUUACCUGCGGCUUUUCCGGUUAACGAAUCAUCCCCCAAGAAAAGGUUGAGUAAAACAAAAAGUCCACCGCAAACUUCUAGUCCUUCAAGAAAGCCUUCCACGCCAAUGUUUAAAGUUCCGGUUAUCAACAUACCUGAUAUUGAAGUAACAAAUGAAGAGGAACUAGCCAGCGCAACAAGUCAAACGCCAACUCCAACAACUCCAGAGCCCCAGCAGGGAACGGUCAAGAGUAUACGCAACCGGCUAGCACGCCUCAGCAGUGGCAGUUUCCGAUUGGACGAGGACGAUGACCUUGUAGAACUUCCGCCAAAGUCUCCAUCUCCGAAAGACCUCUUGUUCCCGGGAGAAUUGGCGAGCCUUGAUUCGCCUCUAGCUUCCAGUUCGUUGCUGUUGGGCGAUUCGGUGGACUUUCCGUUGGAGCUGAUGGACAAAACCAAAAGCAGGGUGUUCCUCAUGGCGCGGCAGUACAGUCAGAAGAUCAAAAAGGCCAACCAGCUGCUGCGCAUGAGGAGCAUGGACCCCGGGGACACGUGCAGCCGAACCAGAGCCGAGAAGAAGCAGAAGGACCUGGCAGCCAUCUUGGAGGAGAAGAAGCAAGGAGGUGCAGCUAUAGGUGCCCGGAUCGCCGAGUAUUCCCAGCUGUACGACCAGGUCAUGUUCCCUCCUGGCUCCUCCCCCUCCGGCCCCGCCUCCCCCGCCCCCCAUCACCACCACCACCACCACUACCACCUCCCCUCCUCCCCCUCCCUGCCCGAGACCUCCUCCGAGCACGACUGGCUCCACUCCACCUACAGCAACGGCGAACUGGCCAGCUUCAUCUCCUCCCUGUCCGCCGAAACCCCCCAGCUCCGCGCCGCCUCCACCCCGCAACGCCCUCCCAUUCCCCCCGGUCCCGCUUCCAAAACCUCCCAGUCCACGCCCAUUUCCCAACGCUGGAGCUCCUGCAUGUCCGCCCCGUCUGAAAAAGAGGAGCACGUGUAUAGCACUAUCAAGAGACACACAUCUUUCAACGCGCCGUCUUUGCCGCCGAAAAACGCAACCGAGCAAGAGAAGAAACCUAAAAGUAACAGGUCUUCCGGACACUACCCGAGCUUGGGGCGCACCGGCCGGCACAACAGCCUUCCGGAAAGCACGGACAUCACCUUGCAAGACGGGCAGCAGGUCGUAGUGCUAAACCGCAACUCGGCGCUGAGCAUUCUCACCGCCACGCAGAACUACCUCGCCAACUUCAAGGACAAUGGCGAGGACGACGACGAUUACGUAGAGAUCCGAUCGGAAGACGAAAGCGAGCCCGACCGCAACAGCAAUUUCGGAGUUUCGCCGAACUUCCCCAAGGGUCGGGUCCAGUCGCACAGCUUGCCGAACACGCCUGUCCAUAAGUGCGAUUCGCUGAGGUCCGUAGAGCGCCACCACCUGGAGAAGUACUUGUGGAGCGAGCAGCAGCAUCACAACCAACCCAAAAUUGUCCAGUCGUUGAGAGACAAAUUGCAGUGUCUUAGCUCGAGUAGUUUCGCCUAAAAAUGUAAACGUAUUCACAGCACGUUGGACUUAUCGGCGAAUACCAUUUCUGGAGCGAAAACCGGCCCACGUAAGCGAGGUGUGGGAGGGUUUAGCCGCUGAGCAGUCGAAGAGAAAGAGAUUUAGACCUGCUUCGCCGUUUUAAAUAAUAUACAGUCCACUCUAGUAUCUUUCAACGUAGAAAAAGGAACCAGUUAUCUCUUCGUUACAGGGCUUUCAUAGGUUGACUGUGCCAUAUUUGAUCUUGCCUUAGCACUUUUCAUGUGUACAUUGAUUACUGUUCACUGCAACUUCUGUCAAUCUGUACUUCUCAGAGUUACAAAUUAGCCGGUAAUUGUAAUAGUAUUUCUCAUAAAUAUAUUCUAGAUUGGUAUUAAAAUAAUUCCACUUUCAACAAAUAAUAACUUUUACUUUUAAGUUAAAGGGCCCAUAUUACGCUUUUUUCUGAACCAAAGUGUUAUAAUGUUGUUACCUCAUCACAAACAGACCUGGGGUUGUGUUUUGUUUUCAUUCGCACAUGUUUAACACACAGAUCCGGCAUAAUUAGGCUGAUUUAUUCUUUCAAAACAGGAAGUGCUCCACUGUGUUUGUGAAUAUUGUACAUCUUCACUAGAAUCACUUGGAACAUUUAAAUCCGUGUAUCAUUUGUUUAUUUGUUUUUCAAUAUAAAACCAAAAAUGACACGUAAAUAUGACUAUUUUCUUCAUUAUUUGUCUCCAAAACCAAAUUGAAAAAACAGAUUCGAUUUAUCAGUUUUCGAAUUUGUGUUUAAAUGAAAAGUGGAAAAAAUGGAUAACAGCCAUUUCCCAUUUGUCUGACUUAAACUGCGAUGCGGGACUGAACCGGGACUGAACCAGGACUGAACCGUUUUCAGUCCUGGUCUGGUCUCAGUCCCAGUCUCAAUCACGGUCUAGUCGUGGUCUGGCCCUGCCUCAUUCCUGGUCCUGUUCCCGGUCUCAGUCCCAGUCUGGUUCUGGUCUUGUCCCGGACCUGGUUCAGUCCAGGUUCAGGCGCAAAAGUCCAACAUCGCAGUUUAAGUUUCGGAAACGGCGAUUAUCCGUUUUUUUCCAUUUUUCAUUUAAACACAAAAUCGAAAACUGAAAAACUGAAUCGUUAUCCUUUUUUUUUUUUUCAUUUUGGUUUUGGAGACAAAUAAUGAAGAAAACCGUUGUUUUUUUUUCACUUUCUUAUUUUUGAUUUCAUAUUGAAAAACUAAUGAACAAAUGAUACAUGGAUUAAUUUCAGUUCUGAAAUGAUCAGUCUCUACUAAACAAAAGGUAAAAAACGGUGGAACAGAGCAUUUUGAGCUUUUGGAGAUGCAGACAGAUUAAUAAUAAAGCUUUACGCAAACAUGUGUGAAUGAAACAAAACACAACUUCAAUGGUUUCUGAGGAGGUAACAACAUUAUAAAAUGGCUUAAAGCAUCAAGAGUCAGUUUUGCGUAAUAUAGAACCUUUAAACAGUAACAUACAUAUAACAUACAACAUACAUUGGCUUGUGUUUCUAUUCGCUUUCUAUUCAAACUUGCAAUAUAACGCUUUUAAUUUAGCAUUUUACUGACAAGCUUUUAGCAAUAAUAAGGUAUCCACAUUAUCUAUCUAUCGUGGCUAGUGAAAUUAGACUUAAACUAUAAGUCUUACUGUCAAUAGUGUAUCCUGCUUUUAAAAUAUCUAUAAGAGCUAUCUAUUUAUUUUCAAUAUGUGAGUAAAUCUUAUGGGUUGAAGUUUUAAAUGGUUUUAACAUAAAGGGACCAGGAAGGAGCACGUUGGCGGUAGUUGAAAUUCUACAGUACUGUUUUUCUUUUUUUUUUUCUUUACAAUUUCUGUUUAAAGGGACACUAUAUCGCACUACUGAACAAGAUUUUUAUAUUUUUAUUUUUUUUGCAAAAUUUGAAGCCACACCCAGUUCGCACAUUUCAAUUGAAGUUCACACAAAUUUUCACUAAAUGUAUUCUAUUUAUAUGUCAACACACCUCUUUACAAUUAUCACAUCAAAUUGUAAAUGCAAGUUAAAUGUAUUUAUUUAAACUUUAAGAGACUCACAAAAUUGACUCCAGUUCUGUUACACAAUAAAAUCACAAAAUCUGGUCUUGUUUUGUUUAAGAUGUGUAGAUUCAAAUGAUGGAAUAUUUUGAAAUAUGAAGUAAGUUUAUGUCCAUGUGAGUCUCUGUUUCACUGAUGGGGUUGGGCAGGUAUCAUUGACUCUUUUUUGCACUUUUUUCUGUUUUUACUUUUAUUUGUAAACUCUUUGUAUAGAUGUACAUUAGGAACAUUAUUCUCGUUUGCCAUAGGUGUGAUUUAAUGUUUUCUUUUUUUUUGUCUUUUUAAGUUAAGUGUACUGAAUUUUGUAACUGCCUCGUUGUCUUUGCUCAACAGAACUGUACUGCAGGAAAUAAAUAUAAAGUAAAUUUUAACUAUAUAAAAA